CAUGUGUCGGGAAGAAGAGUCUUCCCACAAGGCGGGGCUUCUGAGCUGAACUCUACUACAAGUCGGUCAUUCUCCACUCCUCAUCUUGUCAGGGACGGUUGUGGUGAGCUGCUGCUGGGUGAGCUGUGCUGAGGUGAAAAUGAAGCGCACCCUGGGAUUGUAUCUGUUGAUCUGUUCAACUCUACUCGGACAGGGGUCAGCUAUCCGCUGUUUCAGUUGUAAAGACUACACAGCUAGCUGCACCAAACAACGCGACUGCAGCUAUGAUGAUGCUUGCCUCACACUCAACGAAAGAGGUGGGAUGACCUAUCGUCAGUGUCUGAAGUACUCGGACUGCGAACACAGCCGCUUGUCCCAGAUGUUCCCCCAGGUAUCCAGAUUUACCUUCAAGUGCUGCAAUUCGGACCUCUGCAACUCUGCCCCCCACUUUGCAACAAGCCCUGUGAUUGGUCUGCUGUCCUCUGUGGCCCUCAUAUGGUGGUGCAUCCAUUGAAUACUCAGAUGCUCCCCCUAGUGUCUAAACAGCUCAGCAUGAAAGCCAAGCUUAAGUUCAUUCCACAAUAUCUAAGCUGCAUCAUCAAUACCAUGAACAGAUCGACAGGUUCCAUCACUCCAUCCUAUCAGCAGGAGUGCGUGUGGGGGCCAGAGACCACCAGGAUCUGCUGUAUCACAGCUCAACUACAGACUGCAAGAAGAUUUCAAACAGUCCUAAAUCUGCUCCUUUUAUUUUCCUGAAUUUAUACUAAAUUUACCUGAAACAUUUGUCAAUGGUUUUCAAAUUGUUGUUGAAACGUUUGUGUAUUGUUCUAAAAAGUCAUUUAAACAUUUGUAAAGUGUUUCCAAAAUGUUCCUGGAUUCCCUAACGCUCCCCAAAUGUUCCUUCAAAUUUACUGUUUCUGAAACUCCUUCCAUUACCAACAUGCUCUCUUAAUACCUUUGACCAACCUGGACUAAAAACUCCUGAAGUCUUCAUGUCUUGACUGUAAUUCUGCUUUAAGUGAAGAACCUGACGGCAGCUUGAGCUUAAAACAAUAAAAAGUGUGAACUCCU